AUGACUGACAAGCUUGGUCCUGCUAUUCCUCCGGGCGGCGUCUGGCGAAUGACCGUUUGGGGAAAAAGAAAAGACGGCCUGUCAAAGGAAGAAUUCUCUCGUCGAUUUGCUCAACACGGAAGGCUUGCUGGACCACUACUAGUGAAGUAUAACGGUAUUUCCUAUCUACAGCACCACCUUACAGACAAUUACAUAAAUGAGGUCAACAAAGAGCUUGGUCCUCAGCAUCCGCUGCCUUUUCCCAUUGCCGAUGUUGACGGAAUUACCACUUUGACUUUUCCAACUGCCAAAGACUUGGCGGCUUUCAUCGUCGAUGCCGGCCAAGAUGAGGCACUGAAUGCCGAUGCGGCUGAGUGCGUGGAUAAGACUACAAUUCAAUUAUCUCUGGGAGACGAGUUAGCUGUUGUUAAGGAUGGAAAAUUCCUCCUUUAA